AUGGAGCACAUCAGAACACCGAAGGUUGAAAACGUGCGUUUAAUUGACAGGGCCUCUCCAAGAAAGUGCAGCGUGGGUACCCUGUAUCUGUCGUCCACACACACCAUCUUCGUGGAGAAUUCGGAUGCCCGCAGAGAGACCUGGGUGCUGCACAGUUUGGUGAGUACUGUCGAGAAACUCCCCACCAAUCCCUCUGGAAGUCCCCUCGUCAUCCGCUGUAAGAACUUCCAGGUCAUCCAUCUCCUCAUUCCUCAGGAGAGGGAAUGUCUGGACGUCCAGGCCUCUGUGCUUCGUCUGUCACGGCCAGAACGCUAUGUAGAGCUGUACUGUUUCUCGUUCAACCCCAACCUGAACAAAGAGGAGAGAGAGAAAGGCUGGAGUCUCAUCGACCCUCGAGCCGAGUUCAGCCGCAUGGGGAUCCCCAGUAACCUCUGGCAUAUCACACCAGCCAACAGCGAGUACAGGGUCUGUGACACUUACCCUUCCGAUCUGUACGUGCCAAAGUCAGCCACGCCAGCCGUGAUCGUCGGGAGCGCGAAAUUCCGAAGCCGCGGCCGCUUUCCUGUGCUGUGCUACUACCAUCGGGACACCAGUGCCUCUAUCUGCCGUAGCAGUCAGCCCCUGUCUGGUUUCAGUGCUCGUUCUCUGGAGGAUGAACAGAUGCUCCAGGCCAUCAUGAAGUCCAACCCUGCCAGUGAAUUCAUCUACGUGGUGGACACCAGGCCAAAGCUGAAUGCAAUGGCCAAUCGCGCGGCAGGAAAAGGCUACGAGAACGAAGAUCAUUAUACAAACAUUAAGCUGCAGUUCAUCGGCAUCGAGAACAUCCACGUCAUGAGGAACAGCCAGCAGAAGAUCACAGAGGUAGGGGAGUUGAGAUCCCCCUCCAUGACAGACUUCCUUUGGGGGCUGGAGAACUCUGGCUGGCUCAAACACAUCAAAGCUGUGUUAGACGCAGGCGUCUUCAUCGCUAGGGCCGUGGCAGAAGAGGGGGUGAGUGUACUGGUCCACUGUUCUGACGGCUGGGACCGGACCGCCCAGGCCUGCUCUGUGGCCAGUGUUCUGCUCGACCCGUACUACAGAACCAUCAGAGGAUUAAUGGUUCUGAUUGAGAAAGACUGGGUGUCAUUUGGUCACAAAUUCUCCCACAGGUACGGUCACCUGGAGGGGGACCCUAAGGAGGUGUCUCCGGUGAUGGACCAGUUCCUGGAGUGUAUAUGGCAGCUGAUGGAGCAGUUCCCCUGUGCCUUUGAGUUCAAUGAACGGUUCCUGCUGCAGCUCCACACACACGUCUACUCCUGUCAGUACGGGAACUUCCUCUGUAACAGCGAGAAGGAGAGGAGAGACAUGAGACUGCGUGAACGGACACAGUGUCUCUGGCCCCACCUGUGGGAGAACAGGGCUGAGUACACCAACCCCCUGUACAGGGCAGAUCACAGUCAGACACAGGGCGUACUGAGGCCCCAGACCAGCCCCUACUGCUUCAAGUUCUGGAAGGGGAUGUACAACCGCACAGAGAGGGGCGUUCCACCGCACCAGUCCCCCGCCGACUGCCUGGCCGCUGUGAGGGAGGAGACGCAGCAGCUGGAGGAGGAGCUGAGCUCCCACCAGGAGAGACUGGCUAUACUGACGGGUACCAUGCCAACGGCGCGGUGCACGGGGGCGAGCAGAGCGACUGAGCGUGCUCACAGACAGACUCCUCCCACCCGGGGGGAUGAGGUCGACGCCCUCCCUCAGGACUUUCUCACCUGUACCAGCUCCACCUCCGAGGUCAAACGUCACAAUCCUUCCUUCACCCUUCCCCUGGUGCCGCCCAAGGGCAGUGACCCGGACGACCUGUCGGCCUGCAGCGACCUGGAGUCGGGCGUGGCAGACCUCAGCAGCCGCUCGUCCAGCGCCGGGGACGACUGUAAGGACCCGGACUCUGACGAGGCUGCCUCCACCACUGCCUGA